ACCGUGGCGUCUCGACGCCGUGGCUCGACUCGGCCUCCGCCGUCGGAGCGUCGUCUCAGUUACCAACAGACCGCGCGAUCGUUCACAUCGUCGCCGCGAAGCGUGAGAGGGGAGAGAGAGAGAGAGAGAAAGUGGGAGAGAAAGAGUGUGUGAGAGAGAAAGAAAGGAGUGUGUAUAGCGUGUGCAUAUAUAUAUGUAUAUAUAUGCGCGCGAAAGAGAGCGAAAAGGAAGGAUCAAAAUAAUACGAAGGAAAGAGAGAGAGAGGAAUCGGGGGAGGAGGUACUGAGAGAGGAAGAGCGAAGGAAGGAAGGAAGGAAAAGGACGAGAGCGAACUAUGUUACGAGUCGUCGUCGUCGUCGUCGUCGUCGUGCCGCUCGGUCUCGCCUGAACAAAGAAAGAUUCUCCCUCGGUUCUCCACGUCGAGGGUCGUUUCCGAUCGACGAACCGUCGGGAUCCUUCCUCGGGCGUCUUCGGUGCGGCUCGUGCACUACGAGCGCGCACGAAGCGGUCAGUCACGUAGCAGCGGUCGAGCCGUGAGGAACAAAGGACGGCGGCAGGAUCAGUGCGAGAGAGACGAAGAGUGAGCGGAGCAACGAGAACGGUGUCCCGGCGUCGUGCGCGCGUUAUUCCCGGCAACGUUGACAACGCGAUCCCAGCGAAGGCCAGUGUGCUCAGGCCCAGAUCAAGCGAGAUCUCUCGACAAAUCCGGCAUUUCUCGCGCCGCCGAACGACGCGAUACAAUUUCCCGAAAGAAGAUACGAGUUUCGCGAUAAAGAGGUGAAAUCGCAACACGUUCGCACGAAGCCCGUCGCAUCCACGAUCCGUGUGUAUUGUGCGUUGUUUUUUGAUUUUUUUAUACUUUUCUAUCCCAACGAUCUCCAGUGUCGAAGAAGUGAAAGGGAAACGAGCGAGAGAGAUAGAGAAGAGAGCAAAAAAGGUGUGGUAACGUACCUGCUCGCGUCGGGCGUCCUCCGCAUUGUAAAGGACGCGAUUUGUGAGUGAAAAAGGGAUAGGCUGAUGUAUGGUCGAGAGUCGGUAGAGCGCUACGGUGAAAGAGAGACGGAGAAGGAAGCAGAUCCGGAUUUUCUGGCGGUAUAGAUACGAUUACCGGCGCGACACGAACCGGCGACCUAACCUAACGACGACGACGGCAACGGUCGAGAAGCGCGCGCGAGAAUCUGAGAGCAGGAUCUCGGGGCGCGUGAAAGGAAGAAAAGAGGAAAAGGAAGGCGACGGGACGAAAGUGAAAAGGGAACCGUGUGGUCGGCUCUUUUCCGGCUCCUCCUACGUUUAUUUGACAACGUCGUUGCUUUUGUGUGACAUGUGCCACAGAGUGAACUGCUACUGAAAGAAGAAACGGUAACCUUUGGCAGCACGCGGAUUAUCCUCGUAUUUACGAUUGGUACUGUUUUCAUCGUUUUGCAAAUUGAAUUAUUAGCGACUUUGUGAGUCACUGAUUACGUGAAGACAAAAACUCGUGGACAGGACUUUGUAUCGGAUGCCGGUUGACUGAAGAUGGCCUCGCCGACAGACUCGCUGGGAUCGCGCGCGAAUUCCAUCGGGUCCCUGAACUCGCUGUCCCCUUUAACGGUGAGCGGUAGUUCGCCGCCCGCGAGCGACUCGGCGAUCUGCGACGUCGACAGCUGCGACCUUUGCUUCGACGCACCGAAGUCGAGUGAGGGUUGCCCGCGUUGCCGUCUAGGAAGCACCGUCCGCUGCACCGGCUGCAAGUUCAACUCUGACUCCGACGCUGUUGCACAUUGUCUUGACUGCGCGAAUUUUCUCUGCUCACAUUGCGUUAUGGCGCAUCAAUUCAUGCACUGCUUCGAGGGUCACAGGAUAUCCACCCUUGAAUCCAAGCUGGAGACGGUAAGCGGUGGCAGUAGCUGCGGCACGACCACCACGACUACAGAAUUGUCCAAGUGCACCAACGGCAGCAACGCUGGCAGCGGCGGCGGUGGCGGUGGUGGCGGAGGUGGCGGCGGCGGCGGCGGUAGCGGCGGCGGUGGUGGUGGCAAUGGCAACAAUGGCGGUAACGGCGGUAGCAACAAUCUAGUAAUAAACGGCAACGGUAACAAUGGCGGCAGUGCCGAGAAGAUACACUAUUGUUCGCGACACAAGCAAGAGGUGCUCAAGUAUUUCUGCCGCAGCUGUACCACCCUGGCCUGCAAAGAGUGCUCGUUAACCGACCACACGGGACCUCUGCACGACUGCGGCCAUGUCUCGGAAGUGGGCCCGCAGCAGCUGGAAACGGUGGUACGGCUCGUUCAAGAGUGCCGCGCGAAGGCGGCGGAUGCGCGCGCAUCCAUCAAAGCGGCGGAUCAGAACUCGGCGCAUCUGCAGAAGCAAUACCAAAAGGCGCAGAGCGAGAUCAACGAGACCUUCCUGUUUUAUCGAUCGAUGCUGGAUGAACGUAAACAAGAGCUGCUGAAAGAACUCGAGUCGGUGUUCUCGUCGAAGCAGCUCUCCCUCAACAUGAUCACGCAGAAAGCCAACGAGAUGUCCGACAAGAUCCUGCAGACCUGCGACUUCGUCGAGCGCGUCACCAAGUACGCGCAUAUAAUCGAGGUGCUGAUGAUCAAGAAGAUCCUCGACUCGAAGCUGCAACAACUGCUCAAUUACACGCCCGACAUCGCCAGCCAGAGCGCGGAUUUCGAGUUCGUGAGCAACUACCAGGCGAUACAGGUGGGCGUGAGGAACACCUUUGGUUAUGUGCGAAGUAACAGCGAGAGCAACGCCGGUCCGAUCGGCAAGCAGCCACCAAUCGCGCGGCCCACCGCGCUCUCGAGCAACGGCAUCGGCAGCGGCAGUAGCAUCAGCAACGGGCCGGGCAGCGCGAGUUCAUUGGGUGGCCUCUUACUGGAUCGGUCCUACAGCAACGGCCUGAUCUCGUCGAGCUUGAGCUGCGGCUCGUCCUCGUCGCCAUCGUCGAUCGACACCAUCAGCACCGUCAUUACCAAACGGUUCAGUUCGGCCAACAGCCUCGGCCCAUUCUCCACACCGAUCAGCGACGUGAGCCUCAACGGGAUGAACGCGAACUCGUACGAGAAGUGGAGCAACGGUGGUAGCGACGGUUAUCCGGUAGUAACGACUAACGACCACUUCGCGAUGCCCACGGCGGUGGCCGUGGCGGCAAACGCGGCACCCGGCGAAUCCGUCCUCGAUCUCACAUCGAAGUUGAUGUCCGCGACUGCGAUAUUCCCGCCCAAGUCGCAGAUCAAACGGAACAAGAUGAUCUAUCAUUGCAAAUUCGGCGAAUUUGGCGUGAUGGAAGGUCAAUUCACGGAGCCGUCGGGGGUCGCGGUGAACGCGCAGAACGAUAUCAUCGUUGCCGACACCAACAACCAUCGCAUCCAGAUCUUCGACAAGGAAGGCAGGUUUAAGUUUCAGUUUGGUGAGUGUGGCAAACGAGAUGGUCAGCUGCUCUAUCCUAAUCGUGUCGCUGUCGUUAAGACGUCCGGCGACAUCAUAGUUACCGAACGCUCGCCCACCCAUCAGAUACAGAUCUACAACCAAUAUGGCCAGUUCGUGCGCAAGUUCGGCGCGAACAUUCUGCAGCACCCACGCGGCGUCACAGUCGACUCUAAGGGACGAAUCGUGGUGGUGGAGUGCAAAGUGAUGCGCGUCAUCAUCUUCGACCAGUCCGGCAACGUGCUGCAGAAAUUCGGCUGCUCGAAGCACCUUGAGUUCCCGAACGGCGUCGUGGUGAACGACAAGCAAGAGAUCUUCAUCAGUGACAAUCGCGCGCAUUGCGUCAAAGUCUUCAAUUACGACGGUGCUUAUCUUCGCCAGAUCGGUGGUGAAGGUGUCACCAAUUACCCGAUUGGUGUGGGCAUCAACGGCGUGGGUGAGAUACUGAUAGCGGACAAUCAUAAUAACUUCAAUCUGACGAUCUUCACGCAAGAGGGUCAGCUGGUGUCCGCCCUCGAAAGCAAAGUAAAGCACGCGCAAUGUUUCGACGUGGCUCUCAUGGACGACGGCUCGGUCGUAUUGGCCAGCAAGGACUAUCGGCUGUACAUAUACCGCUACGUGCAAGUGCCGCCGAUUGGUAUGUAGACCAACGAUGCGUCGCGACGACGGCGAUGAUCUCUGUGCCCCGACGCCGACGCUCCUAAUAAUCAUGCCAUCCUCGCCGUUCCUCUUUGUCGUUGGGCGGCCAUGGGAUCGUCAUCAUCAGCAGCACGAUCUCCUCGUCGAUCUUUCUUUUCACUGACGCUCGUCUGUCUUCUACUUAUCCUACUCCACCAACAAUGCUCGUGCGCUCAGCUCACCAUCACCAUCGUCGUCACCGUCAUCUGCCCAUCGCCCUCUUCUUCAUCCGCCCCACCCAUCAUCACCGACAACACCAGCAGACGUUUCAUCAACCACCGACUAUGAGGAGAGAGAGAAAGAAAGGGAGGGAAAGAGAGAAACGCGCGUUACGACGCGCAAGACAUUGAGUGUGUAUCGUGUCUUCGCGGCAAGAGCGGAGAGAUAAGAAGAGUUAGAGAGCAAGAGAGAGAGCCUUCUCGCGCCGGAGGAACUUCCCAAGCCGCUCCUGUGUACUUCUGGCGAACUACGGACAUCAUCGAUGGUAUGCGAGAAAGCACCGCGUGCGCUCCUCUUCGAUAUACGCACCCUCCUCGCGAGUCUCCGCGAGUGCUCUUCUUCUUUGUGCCGUGCGCCCGCGUCACAUGGCCCCAACGACGUGGGUGACGCGUCCUCGCGACGUUGGAUCUCGAAGAGCCGCGAUGAAAGAAAGAGUGAGAGAGAGAGAGAGAGAGAGAGAGAGAGAGAAAGAGAGAGAGAGAGGACGUAAAUCACAGAGCCCUGGUCCCAACUAUUCGCGCGCUCGCGUGCGUGCGCACCUUUCUUCGCGCGUAUGCGCCCCAAUAUGCGCGUGCGCACAAAAAAAAAGAAACUUACUUGUUAAUGUUGUUAAUACUGAAAAUACUGUUGUUGUUGUUUAGUUGUAGAGCUCGCCGCCGCUAGUCACUUCCCUCUCGCCUUGCCUCCCUUCGCUCCUCCUCCCUUCGCAUACGUACACGUACACACACAUACACGCUCAUAUCCACACAACUUUCAUACUCCCAUCUGCCCCAGUUUCGCACUAACUAACCAACGAUCUUCUCUCUCUGAGACACCUUCGAUUCGACAAUCAACACCGAGAGGCGCGUUUCCAUUCGUCGCGAAGCACCCUCGGCAGUCGAAAUUUUCGCUUUCGGCCGCCCUCGUCGCUCGCACGUACACGUGCGCUCUGGUCUUGGAAUCAUCAGCGCAGAGUUCAACUCCCUUCC